UGUAAAUAUACAUACAUGAAUAUAUUUAGAAAUAGAAUUUUAAUUUAGAGCAAAAGCAAAUAAAACAAAAGCAAAUAAAACAAAGGCAAAAUUAAAUAUUUCAUUAUAGAAUUCGUACAUAUUAACCAUUUGCAACAUGUCUGCGGCCGUUUUUUUACAAUAUGAUGAUAAUGAUAAUUCUUCGAAUUCGUCUUUUGAAGAAUUAGAUCAACAAAAUCCAAACCAAAAUUUUGAGCUAAUUGCAACACCUCUAUCAACAUCACCUUUAUCUGAUUUAACAGAAUCUACAGAAAUGUUAUAUCCAAAAGUUAACGAAACUGUAUUUUUAAAAUUUUUGCUAAAUGCAGAUGAUCAAAUAUUUCUUCAGUAUGUUCGAUUGUCAAAACCUACUUUUGAAUCUUUACUUAAAGAAUAUAAAAAGUUUCGGCAUGUAAAAGAUGAGUCAUUGAAUGUCAAUUUACGUCUGGAUCUAUUAAUAUUUCUGUAUUAUCUUGGAACACAAGAAGUUCCACUCGAACAUAUAGUCGAGAAAUUUGAUAGAACACCCGCAGCUGUUGUCCAAGCUAUAAUUUCUGUUCAAGAAUUAAUUAUUCAGAAACUUCUUCAAAAUUACAUAACAUGGCCUAAUAGUAUUUCAGAACAAAAAAUGUUAUCAAAAGAAUUUCAAAGAAUUUAUAAUUGCGGUCCUGGUGUAAUAGGAGUUUUGGGUUCGACAUCUUUAAUUGCAACAGAAUCCGAGAGUGAUUCAAUUGGAAGUUUAAUAUUUCAAGCAGUAAUUGACAGUAAUCUUAUUUUUCGAAAUAUUGAACUCAGUGAAUUAGGUGCAAUAGAUGAAAUUGAAGUUUUAAAGAACAGCUCAAUUUAUAAAAAUAUGUGUACUAAUGUUGAUGAUAUUAGUACUGGACAAUAUGUAUGCCAUCAAGGCAAUUUUAUACAUUUCGUUUCAACUGCUAGUUUACCUUAUGUUGAAUUGGAAGGUGAAAAUUGUAAUUGGUUGAAAGAGACCACAUAUAAUGAUCAACAUACUGCUGGUAUAAUGACAGCUAGCAAAAAUUUUGAUAAUUUGAUUGAAUCCGUAUUUGAAACUUUAAAAGGACGCUUCCCACGACUUGGAAAUUUGGAAAUAUCAUGGCGAGGAUUUCAAUUAAGACCAUCAGAUAUGAUAAAAUGUGCUGCUGUUUUAUCAAAUUUUUGUAAGAACCGUGACGAUUAUCUUUAAAGGUUAAUAAUUUUGUUUAAUAAAUUGUAUUAAUGAAAAGUGAAAUUGUAUUAAAGUGUGAAUCUCAAAAGUUCAAUUCUUACUGAAUUAAUUAAUAUUAUCCUAAUAUAAGAAUUAUAAUUAUUAUAUAAAUAAGUAAAAUACGAAACGGAAUACAAUAUUAUUCAAUUAUUUUUUUUUUUUUUGGAAUUUCCAUUUGUGAAAUAAUUUAGUAAGUAAGCUAAAAUAUAUAUAGGAUAUAAAAUAUGAAAAAAGUUUUAAAGUUUUGAUUAAAUGAUAAGAAUGAAAUAUAAAGGAUAUUCUUUAUAUUUUUA